UCUCAGGGCUCUUCCAAUAUGACAGCCUACAUGGGGUUCUAUAACACCGCUUUGCCGGGCGGCCCCCUGGAGCUCACGAUCUCUGCACUUGGUAUCUUGAGUUCGGGCUUGAUGAUGGGUCUUAGACGGCGCGGAGGUCUUUCUGCCCUCAAUUCCAGCUGCGGAAGUGAGGACCACGUUUUCACCGCCAGCCCGUGGUGGAAGAAGGCUCUGGAAGACGUCUCCAAAAACCGAAAGGUGACCUUCAUCGAGCUUCCAUUAUUGAUCCCAGUAAUAGUUCUCUUUGCACAGCACAAGUUGAAUUUAAGUGAGAAGAAGGAGGUCGCACAAUUGUUUAUGUCAAAAACUCUGGGCUCUAAUAAAGAACAAAUGCGCAAAAACAAACCUCUGCGUUACCAGGAACCUCAUAUUGUUCCAGGGAACGAGGCUUGGAAUCUCACUGGCGUGAAUCUGGCUGCCUGCCUUGAGCCUACAAAGUCGAUCCUCUCCGAACUAUUGACGGCCUUUCCGCAUGCAGCGGAAAAGCCAUCCGCCAGUGCUAAUAACGCCGGACACGACGUGGGUUUCUCUCGCCACAAGUGGAAUCUACUAGUACUAGAACAGUCAUACGACGCAAGCUACAUCUACAUGUUCCUUCCCAAGCCCCAACCGAGUGCAUCGAGCCAGCGCGGCAGCACAGUCACUUCUCAUGGCAUCUCCGAGGCUGGCCGUGGACGUUCAGAGUCCCAAAACAGUUCGAAACGUCCCAGUCUCUCUGCAACGGGGCUUACGACAGACACGCUAGCCUGGGUGGCUCGUGACUUCAGCAUUCAGACUCUGCUGAAUCGAUUUCUCAGUAAGUUAAUGAUGCCCGUGGGAGCGUGCUUCAGAGUGGCUGGUACUGAUACCAUCUUCCUCUCGAGGGAACUAAAGAAUAAACCACCGUACGAUCAGGCGUGCAGUCAAAGUGUGCGACGAACUCUGUCCGCUGUCAAAAACGAUCAACAGGAUCAACGGCAACCGCAACUGAUUGCAAGAAAGACCGGCAAAAAAAACCCAGAGGCAACCGGCUUGAACCUUGCCGAUGAGGAUGAUCAACCAAGUGGGUUGGCGGAGGGCUGCCUCACGGUCUAUCAAUCAUUGAAAGACGAGCUAUAUGUCGACGACUGUCCAACCGAACUGGAUCUGAUCAACGCCUUUUCAGAAGGCUUCCAUGGUUUUGUAUACCUCGGGGGCGAGCACUUUGGCGAGCUCACUGCGCCAGACCAGCUUCUUCAUGUCAAAUCCGGUAAUCCAGUUGCCUUGUUAAUUCCAAAAGAAACUCAGUAUGAUCCGUAA